CCCCAAGUCCCCUGCGCCGGCGGGUGCUAAACAAAGACCCGAGCCUAGCAAGUACCGUUUGUCUGCUGAAGGAGACCGAGACCACCACAAAGGCCGAAAGACUCGUCCGGAGGAACGUGUGACGGCCACCAGCACCAGCACCAGCCAUGGCCGUUGGCGACAUCCUCUUCCCCCUUCUCACCGACAGCGCCGAUUCCUUCCAAUAAUUCCGCCCCAUCGCCGCCCUCCGACGAAGCUCAGUCCAGGACGAAUGCCCUGACGAACCCAAUCCCUCCCCGACGGACGCUGCCAGUGUGUGACGUAGCCGCGGCAUCUCGUCGACGACUCGCCCACGAACGAACGAACUUGACAACAACAAUAACAACAUCAUCAUCAUCAUCAACCAUCCCCAUCGAACCCCGAUAACCGCAACAUCCACAACAUCCCUCUCUCCCCGCCCCCCGUGGGGCGCACGCAUCGUCUACGAUGGCCGUCCAAUCCAAGGUCUCCCUCAUCGGGAUCCCUUCGAACCGCACCGUCCGCAACCUCGUCCUGCAGCUGACCCAGCUCUACCUCGCCAACCGCUCGCGCAUCUCCCGCGCCGUCUGGAUCACCCUCUUCGUCGCCCUCGCGAAUCGCAUCCGCCAUGCCAUCUCGGAGCAAAAGGCCGCCUCGGCCCGCGAGGCCGCCGUCCGCGAGUCCCGCGCCACCGUCGCCGUCUCGGACGAGGACGUCACCAAGAAGCGCAAAAAGGUCGAGCUGAACCGCGACUUCUUCCGCUCGCUCCUGCGCCUGAUGAAGAUUGUCAUACCGGGGUGGAGGAGCAAGGAGGCCCGACUGCUGAUCAGCCACUCGUUCUUCCUGGUCGUGAGGACGCUGAUCAGCCUGAAGGUCGCCGCGAUGGACGGCGCCAUCGUCAAGAGUCUCGUCAAGGGCAACGGCAGGGAGUUUUUAAUGCACAUUGUCUGGUGGAUGCUGAUCGCCAUCCCCGCGACGUUUACAAACUCAAUGCUUUCCUAUCACCAGGCAGAGCUGUCGCUCAAGUACCGGACACGGUUGACGCAGCACAUCCACGACAAGUACCUCUCCAAGCUGACGUUCUACGGCAUCUCUGCCCUUGAUGACCGGAUAAACAACCCCGACCAGUUGAUCGCGGUCGACGUCGCAAAGUUCUCCAACAGCUUGGCUGAGCUCUACAGCAACCUGGCGAAGCCGAUUCUAGACAUGACCAUCUACACACAUUCGCUGUCUCGCAGCGUAGGCGGCGAAGGCGUCGUAUCCAUGGCCCUCCUCGUCCAGCUCUCGGCCAACGUGAUGCGCGCCUUGACGCCCCCGUUCGGCAAAUACGUCGCCGACGAGGCCCGUCUCGAGGGCGAGUUCCGCUUCCAGCACUCGCGCCUCAUCGACCACUCGGAGGAGGUCGCCCUCUACCACGGCCACGAGGCCGAGAAGGACACGCUCGACAAGGGCUACUUCACCCUCAUCAAGCACGUCAACUACAUCCUGCGCCGCCGCUUCUACCACGGCUUCAUGGAGGACUUCGUCAUCAAGUACUUCUGGGGCGCCCUCGGCCUGCUGCUCUGCUCCGUGCCCGUUUUCGUCAAGAUGCCCGGCCACAUCUCCAUGAACAUGGGUGACCGCACCGAGAGCUUCGUCACGAACCGCCGCAUGCUGCUGUCCGCCUCGGACGCCUUCGGCCGCAUCAUGUUCUCGUACCGCGAGAUCAUGGAGCUGGCGGGAUACACGUCGCGUGUCGACUCCCUCCUCGAGGUCAUGAACGACAUUCGCGCCGGCCGUUUCGAGAAGAAGCUCGUCUCCAGUUCCGGGACUGAGAACAACGAGGCCGUGCUCAAGGGCCGCGGUACUGUCGUCGAGAGUAAGGACAUCAAGUUCAUCGACGUUCCCAUCAUCUCUCCCAACGGCGACGUCCUCGUCAAGGCCCUCUCCUUCUCCCUCAAGCAGGGCGACCACCUCCUCGUCGUCGGCCCUAACGGCUGCGGCAAGUCGUCCCUUUUCCGCAUCCUCGGCGGCCUGUGGCCGGUCUACGGCGGCACCGUCCACAAGCCGCCCUUCUCCGACAUCUUCUACAUCCCCCAGCGGCCCUACCUCUCCCGCGGCUCCCUCCGCACGCAGAUCACGUACCCGGACUCGCUCCGUCAGAUGCGCGCAAAGGGCGUCACCGACGCCGACCUCCUCUCCAUCCUCUCCCUCCUCGGCCUCGAGCACCUCCCGGGCCUCUACGACGCCGGCUGGGACGCCGAAGCCGAGUGGCGUGAUGUGCUCUCGGGCGGCCUGCAGCAGCGUGUCGCCAUGGCCCGCCUCUUCUACCACCGGCCCCGCUACGCCAUUCUCGACGAGUGCACCUCGAGCGUCACCCUCGACACGGAGAAGGUCAUGUACGACAACGCAAAGGCUCUCGGCAUCACUCUCAUGACCGUCAGCCACCGCCGCAGCCUGUGGAAGUACCACAGCCGCAUCCUCCAGUUCGACGGCCAGGGCAACUUUGUCUUCACCAAGCUCGACGCCGACCGCCGCCUGAAGCUCGAGGACGAGAAGGAGGACCUCGAGGUUUUGUUGCGCCAGGUGCCCGAGAUCGAGAGGCGUAUCGCCGAGUUGACUGCGGCGUGAGUCGUGAGUGGCCACGGGUCUGGGAACGUGAUCUGCGCAACAUUUGGCCGGGCAUGUUAGGAAACAAGCUGAGCCCGAUGAGACAGAUAACGGAAGGGCUUUUCUACCAACAACAUGAUUUUUAGGGAUUUUACGGAUGUUUGCAAUUUGUACAUAAGUAGACCAUGACGACUACAGAGAGAGAGGGGUUUGGCGUAGAUUUGGUGCGGCAACCGAAAGAAUAAUGUCAACAACUCCCAU